AUGGGCGACGAUGAUGUUACUCGAGCGAGGAGCGCGCUGGCCGUGAUGGAGAUUAAGUUGCGCGCCGCGACGGACGAGCCGCUGCUCUGCCAUCGCCUGGAGAAGGAUAAUUUCCCCGUGGUGUUGCGAGGAGCAGUGGCUGAUUGGCCAGCGCUGACCCGAUGGGAUCUCCUCAACAACUCUCAAUCACGGGAUUACUUGCAGCUCAUCAUGACUCGCACGGAGCCAGAACACGGUUCUGCCAUGCGUUCGCAGCAAUCACAUGCGCAACAAUCAAAUGUGGCACAAUCACAUUCAUCGCAGCAGCAUCCCUUUGCUUACUUUGAUGGGGCAUUGCGCAAGCACGAGCGGAUAGCAGCCACAUUUUCCGACGCUCUAGCGCUCGCUUGCGCUCUUCCCGCUGCUGCGGAGGCUGAAGCAAGUGUGAGAGAGGGAAGCCAAGGUCCCGCCACUGACGCCACUCCUGCCACUGGUGGUGCUGCUGACAGUGGUGCUGCCACCGGUGCUGUUGCUAUUGCCAGAGGAGAUGGAGAUGCGGUCUGGCUGCAAGGGGAUGAGGGGGACGGGAAUGGCGGGCGAGGAGAAGAGGAGGAGCAGGGCGGUGGGUUGCAGGAGAUGAUACAAGCCAUGGCGUCUGGUGCAGCUCCACUGGCGUUCUACCUCGCCCAGGGCAGCGGGUUGCAGGAGAUGUUACAAGCCAUGGCGUCUGGUGCAGCUCCACUGGCGUUCUACCUCGCCCAGAACCCCAUAUUCGAUCGCCAACAGCCACAUCAGCUUUUCCCGCUCUCGCCCUUGCUGCAAGAUGCUCCUAUUCCAUCAGUGCUGGACGCAUCUCGCCUCACGUCGGCCAAUCUGUGGAUGACACUUGGCGGGCCCUCGUCCUCCUCACCUCACUACGACCUCUUCCACAACCUGCUCUGCAUCGCUACUGGCUCUAAAACAGUUCGCCUGUGGCCGCCAUCAUCAGCGCAUCUUCUGGACCCCAUGCCACUUUACUCCGAGUCAUCCAAUCACGUCCAUCCCCACCCGUCUCCUCUCCAUCUCUCCCCAGAGGCAGCAGCGGCAGCAGCCACUGUAACUCUCCAUGCUGGAGACGCACUCUUUCUGCCCGAAGGCUGCCUACCCCUUCCCCACACCAUCUCUCCCUAUGGCACCAUCCAUGCUACCGUGCAAUCAUGGUGGUGCAUGCAGGUACCACCAGGUUACCAGCACACCUGCCACUAUCGCCAUCAACUUCUGGUGGCCCUCCCUAGUGUGCCUCUCGUUUGGAUCACACAUGGACCUCUAUUACGCAAGAAGGGUGCUUACAAGGGGGAUGGGGAUGGGGAGGAGGAGGAGGAGGAGGAGGAGGAGGAGGAGGAGGAGGAGGAGGAGGAGGAGGAGGAGGAGGAGGAGGAGGAGGAGGAGGAGGAGGAGGAGGAGGAGGAGGAGGAGGAGGAGGAGGAGAGAUGCUGCUUCGAGAGUGGAGGCAGUGAUUUCUGCUUUGCCCCGGGCCUCACUGCGCAAUGUGCUCCUAGUCAUGGCUCACGCAUUCCCCCUCUCCACGCACCAUCUGCUGCAGCAUGCGCUCUCGCCCCUCGCUGCUUUCCUCAUCACCUCUCGACUUGA